AUGCGCAUCACUCCCAAUAGCCUUAGGCUCUGUUUGAUACGCAUCUUUCCAGGUUCAAUCAGAUCUUUCUGGCUAAAUGGAUCGGAAAUACUGUUUGAUUUGCACAAAAGAAGGGGUCUUUCCCGGACAUUCACGAGAAACUAUGAACACGGACCUUACUAUCACCUCUCCUAUCUGCUCCUCACGUCACCCCCUGCUCGCCGUCGCCUCCCCCACCGGCCGGAGACCUUUGAUAGCCACAACUCCGUCACACCGAACGCCAGCUGUGUGUUAAGCGAUAAUGGAGAAAGGAUCAAAGGGUCAGAGCAGUAACAAGAAAACCCUUCAGAAAUCACUAUCAACUUUUUCAGACUCUGACAUGGAUGACGAAAUUGAUCUUUUUCAUAAGCAGAGAGAUAUAGUUCCAUUAGACCUAAAUGAUGAUGAAGAUGAUGAGGAUGAUAUAUUAGCUGCAUAAAGGCAUUCAGAUCUUGAUCACCGUGUUCUUGCUCGCCUUGUGGAGAUUAAGAACUUGUUAGACAAGGCUAGUGUGUAAAAAUUACCAUUCUACCCCUUGUGUAUAUUCAUAAAAAUAACAAGUCUAGUCUAUUUCCCUAUAAUUGCAGAUGAAACCACUUGAUGAAAAUCUAUCAUUUGAGGUUAAAGAUUAUCUCAAAACACAUGUUUCUAAUUCCACAACAAUAAAUGAGAUGAUGAUUUACCAAAGAGAGAUGACAUUGGAGAAAGGCGAAGAAAGCAUGAAACACGGGUUCUUGCUAGUGCUGGAAUCCAUUCUGAUUAUGAUAUGAAAAAUGACGAAAAUACCCUUGAGGCUAAUGGAGUUGAUGAUGACUCAAAUGAAGAUGGUGAAACAGAGACAGAAUCAGAGACUGAUCUUUACAAAGAAACCAAAACAAAACGUGAUGCUAAAUUAGCUGCUAAAGCAC